AUGGCAACUGCCCUAGAGACUUACCAGAAAGGGGAUGUUUGGGCUGAAGCUGAAGAAAAAGAAAAAGAAGGCAGAGAAGGGGUUAAUCCUAGCCAACAAGGCUGCCGAAGAUCAAAACUGUUGACUAAGAUUCAUGAUGGGGAGGUCAGAUCCCAAAAUUAUCAAAUUGCCAUAACCGUUACCGAGGCCCGCCAGCUGGUGGGGGAGAACAUCGACCCCAUUGUGAUCGUUGAAAUCGGGGAUGAGAAGAGGCAAAGCACAGUGAAGGAAGGAACCAACAGCCCAUUUUACAAUGAGUCAGAGUGCUUUUUUAUUUUUGGUUUUUGUCCCCCUCUAAGGAACCUCCUGAUCCCUCAAGGGUUUCCAUCAGAGAGACCCUGGGCCAGAUUCUAUGUGAGACUCUACAAAGCGGAAGGGCUGCCCAAAAUGAACUCCAGCAUCAUGGCGAACGUCACCAAAGCAUUUGUGGGUGACAGUAAGGACCUCGUGGACCCCUUCGUGGAGGUCUCUUUUGCCGGACAGAUGGGGCGAACCACAGUGCAGAAGAGCUGUGCCGAUCCCACGUGGCAUGAACAGGUGGUCUUCAAGGAAAUGUUCCCCCCGUUGUGUCGGAGGGUGAAAAUCCAGGUGUGGGAUGAAGGCAGCAUGAAUGACGUAGAACUUGCCACCCACUUCAUCGACCUGAAGAAAAUCUCCAAUGAACAGGAGGGCGAUAAAGGCUUCUUACCUACCUUUGGACCUGCCUGGAUUAACUUAUACGGCUCACCCAGGAACCACAGCCUGAUGGACGACUACCAGGAACUCAAUGAAGGCUUUGGGGAAGGCGUGUCAUUCAGGGGCAGAAUCUUGGUAGAAAUUGCUGUAGAAAUCCUCUCAGGAGGGGCACAGGAGUCUAAAUUUUCCAAAGCACUCAAGGACCUCAAGUUGUCUUCAAAGAACAAAGACUCCAGAUCUUCCAAAGGCUCGAGUAAAGACAAGGGCGACAAGGCUGAUGAUGGAAAACCCCAGCAGGCUUCAAACAAAACCAACUCAACAGAGGUCGAGGUGGAACCUUUCGAUGUACCCCCAGAGAUUGUACCAGAAAAAUAUGAGGAAUUUUUACUCUUUGGAGCAUUUUUCGAAGCUAGCAUGAUUGACCGGAGGAUUGGCGAUAAACCCAUUAGCUUUGAAGUUUCUAUUGGUAAUUUUGGGAACUUGAUUGACGGAGGGUCCCAUCAUGGGAGUAAGAAGAAGUCAGCCGAAUCAGCUGAAGAAGAUAGCCUUCCACUGCUGCACGAAGGAGAAAGGGAUGAGGCUGUCAUCCCUAUGGUCUCCACCACUCACCCAGAGAAGCCACUCGUGACAGAAGGGAACAGGAAUUACAACUACUUGCCAUUUGAGGCUAAAAAGCCCUGUGUCUAUUUCAUCAGUUCUUGGGGAGACCAGACGUUUAGGCUGCACUGGUCCAACAUGCUGGAGAAAAUGGCGGACCUGCUGGAAGAGAGUAUAGAAGAAGUGAAAGAAUUGAUCAAGAUUUCUGAGGAAGCACCGGAAGAGAAAAUGAAGAUGGUGCUCAAUGACUUCAUCAGUCAAAGCAGUGCCUUUAUCUCCGAAGCAGGAAAAAAGCCCAAGAUGUUGAACCAAACUACUUUAGAUAAGAAACGACUUACGCUCUGUUGGCAAGAGCUGGAGGCGAUGGCCAAGAAGGCUCAGGGGAUCAUUCAGCCACAGAAGAAAAAGUUCUCUCUCAACGAAAUGAUCACCGAAGCCCAAAAUUUUGUGGAAAAAAUCCGCUUUCUUGUGGAUGAGCCACAGCACACCAUCCCCGAUGUCUUUCUAUGGAUGCUCAGCAACAACAAGAGGGUGGCAUAUGCCCGCAUCGCCUCCAAAGACCUGCUCUACUCCCCCGUCAAGGAGCAGAUGGGUAAACACUGCGGAACCAUCAAAACACAUUUCCUCAAACUUCCUGGGAAACGUCCAGCUGGUUGGUCAGUGCAAGCAAAAGUCGACGUGUACCUGUGGCUGGGCUCCACCAAACACUCGAGCGCCAUUUUGGACAACUUGCCAGCAGGCUAUGAAGCAGAAGUGUCCUCCAAAGUGGUUGGUGCCAUUCAGCCCCCAGCCAACCUGCUCUACCAAGACCGGCAUGUCUUUCAGCUGAGAGCGCACAUGUACCAAGCCCGGGGCCUCAUCGCGGGUGACAGCAACGGACUUUCAGACCCCUUUGCCAAGGUCACGUUCCUUUCCCACUGCCAGACCACAAAGGUCAUUUCCCAGACCCUGUCCCCCACCUGGAACCAGAUGUUACUGUUCAAUGACUUGGUGUUGCACGGGGACCCCAAGGAGCUGGCGGAGUCCCCGCCGUUGGUGGUGGUGGAGCUGUACGACAGCGACGCGGUGGGGAAACCAGAAUAUUUGGGUGCCACAGUGGCUGCUCCUGUUGUGAAGCUGGCUGAUCAGGACUAUGAGCCACCCAGGCUGUGCUAUCACCCCAUCUUUUGUGGGAACCUCUCUGGAGGGGACCUCCUCGCUGUAUUUGAGCUGCUGCAGGUCCCUUCUUCUGGGCUGCAAGGGCUCCCUCCCAUCGACCCACCAGAUGUCACCCAGAUAUACUCGGUUCCUGCCAGCAUUCGGCCAGUGUUGAGUAAUUACCGAGUGGAGGUUCUCUUCUGGGGAGUCCGAGAGAUGAGGAAGGUGCAGCUGCUCUCCGUGGAUCGUCCUCAGGCUGUUAUCGAGUGUGGGGGACGAGGCGUCAAGUCCUGCGUGAUCCAGAGCUACAAGAACAACCCAAACUUCAGCACGCAGGCAGACGCUUUCGAAGUGGAGCUGCCUGAGAAUGAGCUUCUGCACCCGCCUCUGAGCAUCUGCGUGGUGGACUGGAGAGCUUUCGGGAGGAGCACGCUGGUGGGCACCUACACCGUCAACUGUUUGAAGCAGUUUCUGUGUAAAUCCAGAGAGCCCCUUGCCCUCACCUUACAGGUGGCUGGAACCCAAGCUGAGCAAGCUAUUUCAGAUUCGCUAAUAGUCACUGAGUCCUCUGGGGCCCUCAGCUCCUCCCAGGAGCCCCCAACAGAUCACGUCUUUGUGGAUGUAGAACCGCCUCCCACAGUGGUGCCUGGUUCUGCGCAGGUUCCACAGGCCUGUCUGAUUGACAUCCCUGACUCAUCCCCUAUGCUGGAGCCUGAAUGCAAACCAGCAGCCCAGGAGCCAUCCGCAGGGGACAAAGCUAAGAAAGAGAGAAAUGCCAAAGAGAAAAAAGUCGAUACAGAGGCAAAACCAGAUGAGGUCGUGGUGAAUAUAGAUGGCCCAAAGAAGAAGAAAGACAAAAUGCUCAAGAAGAAACUCAAAGAAGAUGAAAUCCCCAACCUGGCCGUCUUGAAGAUAUACGAUGGUGACCUCGAAAGUGAAUUCAACAAUUUCGAAGACUGGGUGAAAACCUUUGAGCUCUUCAGAGGCAAAUCCAUGGAAGACGACCAUGGCUUUGAUGGCGACCGAGUCAUAGGAAAGUUUAAGGGCUCCUUCUGCAUUUACAAAAGCCCCGAGGAUUCCAGCACUGAGGACGGCGGGCAGCUGAGAAUCCUGCAGGGGAUCCCACCCAACCACCCCGUCAAAGUCCUGAUCAGGGUGUACAUCGUGGCGGCGUUUAAUCUUAGCCCAGCUGAUCCAGAUGGCAAAUCGGAUCCCUACAUUGUGCUCAGGCUUGGCAAAACUGAAAUCAAAGACCGGGACAAAUACAUCCCCAAACAGCUGAACCCAGUGUUUGGAAGGUCAUUUGAGAUCCAGGCUACAUUCCCAAAGGAGUCCUUGCUCUCAGUCCUGAUCUACGACCAUGACAUGAUUGGGACAGAUGACCUCAUCGGCGAGACCAGGAUCGACCUGGAGAACCGCUUCUACAGCAAACACCGAGCCAUCUAUGAGAUGGUGGAGUCUUAUGAGCACUUGGCCCUCAACGUUUUACACUCUUGGAAGGAUAUCCCAGAGGUUGGAUGUAGGCUGGUUCCUGAACACAUAGAAACUCGCCCACUGUACCACAAGGAUAAGCCAGGAAUGGAACAGGGCCGCCUGCAGAUGUGGGUGGACAUGUUUCCCAAAGAUAUGCCUCAGCCGGGUCCUCCUGUUGACAUUUCACCAAGGAAACCCAAAGGAUAUGAACUGAGAGUAACCAUCUGGAAUACUGAAGAUGUCAUUUUAGAGGAUGAGAAUUUCUUCACAGGACAAAAAUCAAGUGAUAUUUAUGUUAAAGGGUGGCUAAAGGGUCUGGAAGAUGACAAGCAAGAGACAGAUGUGCAUUACAACUCCCUGACUGGAGAGGGGAACUUCAACUGGCGCUUCCUGUUUCCGUUUCAGUACCUCCCAGCCGAGAAGCAAAUGGUCAUUACCAAGAGAGAGAACAUCUUUUCCUUAGAGAAGAUGGAGUGUAAGACGCCAGCUGUGUUGGUGCUCCAGGUUUGGGAUUUUGAAAGGCUGUCCUCGGAUGACUUUCUGGGCACCCUGGAAAUGAACCUCAACAGUUUCCCCCGAGCAGCCAAGUCUGCCAAAGCCUGUGUUAUCUCCAAGUUUGAAAAUACAAAUGAGGAGAAUAAGAUCUCCAUAUUCCAGCAAAAACGUGUACGCGGCUGGUGGCCUUUUGCUAAAAGCAAAGAACUCACAGGCAAGGUUGAAGCCGAGUUCCACCUGGUCACCGCGGAAGAAGCUGAGAAAAAUCCCGUUGGAAAAGCCCGAAAGGAGCCGGAGCCUCUGGCCAAGCCCAACCGCCCAGAUACCUCCUUCUCCUGGUUCGUGAGCCCCUUCAAGUGCCUGUACCACCUCAUCUGGAAGAAUUACAAGAAGUACAUCAUCAUCGCUUUCAUUCUGAUUAUCCUCAUCAUCUUCCUGGUCCUCUUCAUCUACACCUUGCCAGGAGCCAUCAGCCGAAAGAUUGUGGUGGGCUCAUAGAGGAUCAUGGAGGACCCGGACCCGCCCUCAUCUGUAAAUAUAGGAGAGUGUGCUCUGUGCAUGCACUGUGCUGGUGGAUGCUAAUGGAAUAAGCCCAAAAGGCCCCAGAUCCAGUCUCCCUGUCUAGGAACAGAUCGGCUCUCCUUAGAGAAGAUGGAAAGGAGCAGUCUCUCCCUACGCCUACCCCUGCCAGCACUUUUCACAAUUAGAAGGUUUAAGUCCUGUUUUCAACUGUGGGCAGCAUGAAAUAAUGACUCCUUCGCCUCAGAGUAAUCAAUGGUGACUUCAAAUCAAAUUAGGCGAAUGUUUUGUUUUUGUUUUUUUAAUGUAAUUGGUUUUAUUCUGAGAGGUUAAUCCUGGGUCUGAGAUUUUAUUGGAAGUACUUCCUUUUAAAUAAAAAUUUUACAGCAAAUAAACCAAACCCAUUUUAGCAAUUACUAGGCAUUUAACCUGCCCCAUCUAUCUUAACCUUAUUUAAUGCUUACAGUUUACUAAACACAUUCACUUAUAUAGGCUGCAAAACUGGCUUGGAGAAAAAUUCAUACAAAUUACCUAAAAUGCUUCAUUGUUGAAAUUUUCAUCUAGAGAUGAGCUGUUCCUGGUUUUCCAUUAAAGUCAACACUCAUGGAACUAGUGAUCUAUAGCAGUAGUGAGCUCUGAAGAAAUCUAUUUGGAUUUAUGCUCUAUGGAAAUUUCCAAGGGGGAAUUUUAUAAAUAUAAAAUAUAAUUUUGUAUCUGUGGGUAGGGAACAGGGUUGGAGCUCCAUGAGCCAGUAGGAAUUCUCUCCAGCCAGAUAUAUAGUGUGUGCCCAUAGCCCAUGAUACGAAUGACCAUCCUUGGCACUAUUCAACAUGUAGCCUUAACCACCAUAUGUGGUGGGUUCUAUCAUGACUCUCAAGCACAAAUUAACUUCAAAAGCAGUCUUAGAAACAAUAUUCUAUGAACUUGUCAGAUAGGAACAGUUUUUCUUGACAGUAAACGUUUGAUCUUCAAAGUAACACAGUCUGGAUCUGCCACCCCAUCCAAAGCAGUGAGGGGCUGGUGUUAUCAGUUAAAAUAAGGAAACAAAGGAAUUGGAAGGUUUGUCCUCAGACAUGAAUAAAUAUGGCAACCAUUUCUUCUUCCCGUCAGGAGGGGCCAUUUGAUGCUGUUGAGGAGGCUGGAUUGGGGUUCCUUUUUUUGACACCAGAAGUGCCAUGGCUUCUGUUUUCUUUAGAUAGCCUGGCAAUAUGUAACUCCUUUAAGAUGAAGGGUAUUUGCUUCUACAUGGAAAGUCAUUGUAGAAUGUUCCUGGUUCAUCAAAGAAAGAUUGAAGCAUGGCAUGUUCUGUGUGAUUUUAGACUUACUUUUGUUCACGGGAAUGUGGCCCUAGAUGCUCACUCCCUAGUAACCGUAAUGCCCCAUUUUCUUGAAGUGCUGAAAAAUAGAGCAUUUCUGACAUCGGCAAUGUUUCCUAGUGGAAUUAGUUACAUAAACUGGUCCAUUCUUACUUUGAAAUAACACAGCCACCAAUAACAAUGUAGUAAAAAAUACUUGGUAUGGAGCAUAAACAUCGAGCACAUUGUAAAUUUAAAAAAAAUAGGUUAGAAAACUGUAUGUAUAGCAUGAUGUAAAAAGAAAAUUUAUAUAUGUGCAUACAUAAACUGUCUGGAGGAAUAUGCCAAAACGUCAAUAGUGAUCAUCUUUAAGUAACAGUAUCUUUUCUUUUCCUGCUUGUUUCCCAU